AGUAAAGUACGGUACGCAUCGCAGGUUCGAGCAAGUUUGUAUCGUAUCGUGCCCUGCGUCGUACGUUCGUACCGUGCGGCAUGGCACAACGCCCGUGCCGUGCUACCGGAGGCAUCGGUGCAGGCCGAAGGACCCGGAGCGGCCGGGGCGGGGCAACCAAGACUCCCUGUUCCUCCCCGCAGCGGCGGGAGGGUGCCCCGCAAGGGUGCCCCGAACCCAGGCGGGACGAAGCGGGUCUGCUGUGCUGCGAGCGGGAACGGAACGGAACGGAACCGAAUGCAGUGCAGUGCAGUGCAGCGCAGUGCUGUCGAAGCAAUGCGGAGUGGGUGGGAUAGGAUGAGAAGCGAAGCGAAGCGAUUCGAUUCGGUUAGAACCAAACCAAAGCAUAGAACACAAACAAACAAAACCCCAGCACGACGCAAGCAACACAACUGAACUGAACUCAACGCAACACAUCGCAACAAAGCAACCCCAGCCCCCACCCACCCACCCCACCCUCCCGAUGCAUUUGCCGGACGAGCCCCCGGAAGGGAUCCGGCGAAGGCCCGUUUCCGAGGGCUUGCGACGCCGACCCCCGCAAGGAUCCCAUGGUUUUCUCCCACCGGCGGCAGCGACGAACGCCCCGCCGGGCGGUUCCUCUUCCGACGGGCCCCGCGAUCGUGUGGUUCGGGCCACCGCCGCGGGCCGGAAGCGAAGGGCUCGCGGCGGCGGCGCGGAAGCGAGGCCACACGCGACGGCAAAAGCAAAAGCAACCGCAAAAGCAACCGCACGUGCCUCGAAAAAGCUUCGGUGCCCAGAAGGUGCACGCUUCCGAUCGCCGGGGAUCCGGUGGGGACCCUCCCGUCUUCCCCGGAAGGAACCGGCGCCCCCGAUGCUCCGGACCACCUCCGGCGGCUCGACGGAAAUCAUGGGACUCUCUCCCCCCGAGGCCCUCCUCGAGCGUGCCGAAACGGUGGACGCGGGUGGUGUUGCUGCUUCUCGUUUUCGUUCUCGUUCUGCUUCUGGUUCUGGUUCUGGUUCUGCUUCCGCCACAACCACCACCACCACCACAUCCACAAUGGCACGAAGGAAAGGCCCCCGGGAUCCCGAUCCGGUCCGAAAGCUCCUGGACGACUUUGAUUCCGUGGCCCGCGACACCGGGGCUCCUCCCCGGGCAAACCACCGUUUCGGCACCAAGGGGCGGGCCGAAGGGCCUUUCACGGAAGCCUUUGGUGCAGGCGCUGCUCCCGCCUUGCCCGCCGCAAGCACGACACGGGGGGCCUUGCCCGCGAGAGAGCCGCUUGCGGAGCCAAGGCGCGUCUCCCUCGGGUCCCCGCCGCAAAUGCCCGGAGGGUACGGAGGCCCGGAACAAAAGGGAAGAGCGGCAGUGGCAACGGCAAUGGCAACGGCACUGGCAGUGGCAAUGGCAGCCCCACCGUCUACCACGUCGGCAGCAAACCCACGACCGCCACGGCGGGGCCUUGUCCGAGACGAAUGCGAGGACGAAUACAAAGAAGAGGACGAAUACAAAGAGGACGAGGACGAGGACGAGGACGAGGACUCUUCCGCGGGAAGCCUCGCCACCGGGCCGGUGGAAUCCCUCCCGGGAAGCCUCUUUCGCGAAUACUACGGAGACGGGGCCGGCGUGAGCGACUGGUCCGCCGACUGGGACGGCCUCUCGGUCGAGAGCCCUUUCUCGGACCGGGGGGGAGGCGGGCCCGGAGCACCACGAGCCCGUUCCGGAGCGGAAGGCAGCGGCGACAAAGAGGACAAAGAGCACGACGAUAACGACGACGAUAACGACCACGACCACGAUAACGACCACGACUGCUACUACUACCAUGGCAACAGAAAGUGCAACACCACCAACCACGACGACAACAACGGCUGGUUCCGCGGGUCCCUUCCCCGCAGGCCUCUGCUUCCCCCCCGCCGCACCACGGCCAAUGGCGGGGGCCGGCGGACCCGACCGGGUUGCCGCUGGCAGGUCCUCUUCCUGCUCGGCCUGUGGCUCGGCGCGGCCCGGGUCGGCCCGGGGGAGGGCCGCCGGGGGGGCACGCACCGGCAGGGGGUUCCGGUGGGAGCGGGAGGACGACCAAAGGCAGGACCGCGCCGCGGGAGGGCCUCCGGACACCCCGUUCUCUUUUCGGCCGAUCCCAGCGCGUCGCUCGCGAGGGCCGCCUCGACCGACCGGGCCGGCGUUGUGAGGUGAAAGGGCUGCAGCUGGAGGCACGGCGGGGUGCGGAGGAAUGGAGGAGGAACCGCAGAGGCACGGACCGCGACAGGUGAGUCUCCGAACGACGGGCGCGUUUUGGACGAUUGGUUGGGCUUGCUGGGCUGGUGUGAGUGUGUCUGUGUGUGUUUGUGUGCGUGUGUGCGUGCGUUCUCCCGAGCGAAUCCAUCGCCAUCGGGUUCCCGGGCAGGUGGCAGAACCGAACCACCGGGGAGGGCGGGUCCCGCCCAAGGGACCCACCCGCCACCCUCCACCGGACCGAUCUGCCCGCUCCGGCGUUCCUUUCUCCCGUCCCUGCGGGGAAAGGACGCGCCGGGGGCGCAAGCAGCAACGCCCAACCACCCAAAAUACUGCUACGGGCUCGUCUCUUGCGUUGCCAAAAGAAACGAUCCAUCGAUGCUAUGCUGUGCGAUGCUAUGCUAUGCGAUGCGAUGAUAUACGAUCAAUAUCAUGGUCCACGAAAGAAGGUUUCCCGUAACGACGAUGUGACGAGAGAAGUGACUUGGGCCAUACAUUCCUACAAAUACACACACACACACACGCACACGCACACACACACACACACACACACACGCCUGCAAUGCUUUUGUUUCGCUGACGCCAUUGUCGAAUCUUGCCGUUUGCACCCACACCCGUUCGACUCUUUCGGUUUCCCCCGGAACGGCUGCAGGAUUCUGGGCCCCCGGCCGCCCUUUCGCGUGCCGCGUGUGCAGCGAGAACACAAAACACCGCGUUGCCUCGACCACACCUACGUACAAGGAAAAAAAUAGACUGCUUGCU